CUGGUUGUCGUGUCUAGUGCGUUAAAGCAGAUCAGAUCCCAUGAUCAACCCGUCAUCAACGAUUUCGACGAGGAGAAUUUUGAGAGAGCGUUCGACCUGUUUAGACCUAUCAUCCAAGGUCAGGUUGAUGCAGACGCCAAGGGCAAAUUGACAGAGGCGGAAAUCUCCAAGACAGUGGAAUUCUGCUUCAAGGCUUUCGCUCACGUCUCGUUUGAAGAAAAGGAAGCCCUUGUUAACAAGCUCAAGAUUCUAGGUGUCGAUGGCGACGCAUAUGAUGAGAGCAAUGAAAAGCUUCACGAUGAGGUCGAGAAGAAAUUGACGCCCGAGGAGCAGUCGAUCCUAAAGACACUCAAGGGACGUCGCAUGGUUCGGCCCGAGGACUCACUCGAUAUCGAUAACUUUGCUCUUGACUCUAUUGACGGUCUGGCCCCUCGUUUGGAGUGCGGCGAAUUAGGAUUGAGAGCUGCCAAGAAGGCUCAGGUCAAAUUUACAAUGCACGAUUCACUUUCAUACCUGAAUGGCGAGGCUAGGACUGCGAAUAGGUCGUUUGGAGGUGUUGCUGAGCCAAAUGGCCAUGUCACUAAUGAUGAAAAAUCCCCAACGAAGACUUUGGCAGAGCUGCUGAAGUCUUCUGAGAGCUCUCAGUCUUCGGUUCUCGACGAAUCCACCAGGCACCGCUUGAUGUCUUCUCUACACGAGUCGGCGGAGGAGCUCGAGACACCAUACGACACCAUGCUGCGCAUUGUCAACGCUGGUCGACUCACAGCGCUAAUCAAGAUUGGCGCUGAUCUCGGCAUUUUCAAGGCUCUCGCCGAGAGCGAAGCGCCUCUUUCUGCAGAGGACUUGGUCAAGGAUAACAAGGCUGACCCGUUGUUUCUGAGCCGUAUCCUCCGCUACUUGGUUGCGAACCGUCUCGUAGCCGAGGCUGAGCCUGAUCGCUUCGUCGCCCGGAAGACAACGCAUGCCUUGGCGGACCCUCGUAUCGAGAGCCCCAUGCGAUUUUUCCACGCCGUCAGCAACCCUUCAUUCCAGGCUCUUCCGGAUUUUCUGAAGGAGACCGGCUACCAGAAUCAGGUCGAGAGGACAGCGUUCCAGAAAGGCCUUGAUACGAAACUAGGCCUUUUCCCCUGGCUCAAGCAGAACCCAGAUCUCCUCAAGGACUUUCAGAGCCUCAUGGGUGUUCCCAAAGAGGGCAACUCCUUGGACGUGAUUCCGCUUGAUGAGUCUGUAAGUAGCGUUAAUAAGGGGCCGGUUCUUGUGGAUAUCGGUGGCAACACAGGCCAGCAGGCAGGACGCCUAGUAUCUGAAUAUCCCGAGCUUGCUGGUCGGGUUGUGAUUCAGGAUCGCGAAGAAACUGUGAACAGCAAUCCAGGUAUUAGAGGUGUUGAGUUCCAGGCACAUGAUUUCUUCAGUGCUCAGCCCGUGAAAGGAGCCAAAUACUAUUACCUGAGAGCGAUCCUACACAACUGGGACGAUGAGAAGGCAGUGCAGAUUCUGUCCAACAUCGUGCCCGCCAUGUCAGCCGACUCACGGGUGUUGAUUGACGAGAUUGUCCUCGCCGAUCAGGGUCCUCAUGUGUGGCCUGCAGGCCUUGAUCUCCAGAUGUACACCCUGUUUGGUGCCGCCGAACGGACCGCAACACGAUGGGAUUCUAUCCUCGAGCGUACCGGUCUCCGUCCAGUCGCUGUCAAGAAUUACGCACCGGUCAUGGGAAGUUCUGUUAUUUUUGCUGCACAUAUUUAAACAUCUUCGGAUUGGGAAUAUCUUAUGUAGUCUAUAUAUCGUAGAUGAGCAUUUUUACCAAGCUACUUUUGACUCGAGAGAUUGCCGGGGAAACUCGUUCUCACUAGUACGGAUGUCGCUACCUAAAGUCUUCGCCCGCUUGAUUUGUAUGGCCAGCUGAAACGGUCCGCUCCUAGCUGAGGGCAGAACUGUCUUUAGGCACUUAAGCGUUGAAUCCGCUGGAGACUCACUAGAUGGGGACCACUACGGAGCGCUAAAUCUAGGAAGUAAGCCCCGCUAAUAUAAUAAAUCUAAGAUAUUAAAUAACAUUGAAAUCUCUUUAUUACCAAGCCUAGCUCUUCGAUCGUGAAGAUGUAUAUAUGUUAACUUAUUGUUUAUCCCAUCGUUCACGUAACUUCUGGAUUAGUAGUUGAACAAAUUUGACGUCUGUAACAUCAGGAACAUUGCGCAGCGUUUCGCUAUCGCGCUGUGUUGCGUCAGUUUGGUGUGUCAAACUUCCG